AUGGUGGCCUCUUCCGGCAUAGGCUCGAUUCGGGCAAUUAUUCUUACCCUCUCAUGCAUCGUGUCACUCGUCCUCUCAGGAGCAGUCCUUCCCCCCCGCCAUGAAGAGCCCAGUAUCAAACCACGCGCAACCCAAUUCUGGUACGAGGCAAUCACCAAACAAGGCACAGCAGCCUUCAACACCAACCCUUCUGCCUAUAAGGUUUACCGUAACGUCAAAGACUAUGGCGCAGUUGGCGACGGAGUCACUGAUGAUACCACGGCGAUCAAUGCCGCCAUCCAAGACGGCGGCCGCUGCGGCCGUGGUUGCGAUUCAUCUACAGUUACGCCAGCAGUUGUGUACUUCCCCGCUGGAACCUAUCUCGUCACCAAGCCUAUCGUCGCCAUGUACUAUUCACAGCUCGUUGGUGACCCCAACAAUAUUCCCACUAUCAAGGGUGCUGCCAGCUUCUCUGGAAUGGCCCUGAUUGACUCUGAUCCUUAUGAGAGUGAUGGAUCCAACUGGUACACCAAUCAAAACAACUUCUUCCGCUCCGUACGUAACUUCAUCAUUGACACUCGUGCGAUGCCAGCGAAUGCAGGAACCGGGAUGCAUUGGCAGGUUGCGCAGGCGACAUCAUUGAUCAACUUGACCUUUGAGAUGAGUACAGCUGCCGGAAACUUACAUCAAGGUAUUUUUAUGGAUAACGGCAGUGGCGGAUUUAUGAGUGAUUUGACUUUCAACGGAGGACGAUAUGGGGCAUUCUUUGGAAACCAGCAGUUUAUGACCAGGAAUCUCAAAUUCAACAAUUGCCAGACGGCGAUCUAUAUGAACUGGAAUUGGGCCUGGACUUUCAAGAGUGUCACAAUUGCAAACUGUGGUGUCGGAAUCGACGUCAGUUCUGGAGGCGCUUCGGCGCAAGGCGUGGGCUCGAUCAUUCUUUUGGAUUCGAAGAUUUCGGAUACUCCAGUGGGCGUGUACACUGUAAAGUCCUCCUCUUCGCUACCUACUACAGGCGCAACAGUCCUCCUCGAUAACGUUCAGCUCGUCAAUGUCCCCAAAGCGGUUGCAAACCCUACCACCGGGGCCACGAUCCUUUCUGGUGGAACAAUGACCAUCGACUUCUGGGGUCAAGGGAAGGACUAUAGCACCACCAACACCGGGGGCUCUUUUGUACAAGGCACUCUCACCCGUGGUUUUUCUAAACCUUCUUCAAUCCUUACAUCAGGUGCCAGCAGUAUCUUCGAACGUUCUCGCCCCCAGUACCAGGACCAAGCCGUAUCAAACUUUAUCUCUGUCAAAUCCAACGGCGCAAAAGGAGAUGGUACCACCGACGACACAACAGCAAUCCAGACAGUUCUCAACACCUAUGCAGGCACUGGAAAAAUCAUAUUUUUCCCGCAUGGCGUAUACCGUGUCUCUAAUACCGUUACCGUCCCCGUAAACACAAAAAUCGUCGGUGAGGCAUGGAGUGUCAUUAUGGCAGACGGCAGCGCGUUCAAGCAAGUUGGAAAUCCCACGCCAGUUUUUAAAGUCGGUAAUGCUGGUGAUAGUGGGUAUGUUGAGAUUUCAGAAUUGCUUUUUGAGACCCGAGGUGCACAGCCAGGGGCCGUCCUUAUGGAGUGGAACUCGAGAGAUCCAUCUGGCCAACAGGGUGUCAAUGGUAUCUGGGAUGUGCAUUUCCGUGUUGGUGGAUCUGCAGGAACACAGCUAGAGGCAGCACAGUGCGCGAAGAAUCCGAGCACGACUAUCAGUACACCAAACUCUGCGUGCUUUGGCGCAUUCAUGCUGUUGCAUAUUGGCAAGACUGCGAGUUUAUAUGCCGAGAAUGUGUGGGCAUGGACAAGCGAUCAUGCUUUGGACGGGCCCGACUUUGGACAAAUUACGAUCUAUAAUGGGAGAGGUAUCUUGAGCGAGAGUACUAAUGGCCCGGUGUGGUUGUACGGAACUGCCGCCGAACACAAUGUUCUUUACCAGUAUCAACUCCAGAAUACCAAAAAUGUGUUCAUGGCCAUGAUUCAGACCGAAACCCCAUACUUUCAAUCCAACCCUGACGCUACCGUUCCUUUCCCCAUCAAUAGCGCAUGGAACGAUCCCACAUACGCCUCAUGCACCACAGCCUCCUGCCGCAAGUCAUGGGCUCUGCGUGUUGUCUCAUCGUCUGAUAUUGUCGUCUAUGGUGCUGGACUAUACUCCUUCUUCGAGAACUAUGCACAGGAGUGUAUAACCCCACAAACUUGCCAGGCGGCCAUUGUCAAUAUUGAGUCAAGCAACAAGUUCAGUUUAUUGAACCUUAACACAGUCGCAGCGGUCAGUAUGGUGAACGUUAAUGGUGGAGCAGUGGUUCCCGCCAGCGGAAAUGAGAAUAGUUUCACAAGAACGUUGUUGAGGUUUGAUGCAUUGUAA